AUGUGGUCGGUACGUGCGUCGCCUGGCGCGCGCCUGUGGGCCGCUGCGCGUGUGGCGCCGUCGGUGCGCUACGCGGCAAUGUCGACGUCGGCGAUGCGCCUGGCCGUGCAUGAAAUGACGAUGCCGGCCAUGAGCCCGACGAUGGACAAAGGCAAUCUCGGGAACUGGAAGCUGAAGGAAGGCGACUCGUUCACCGCGGGUACGGUGAUGCUGGAAGUGGAAACCGACAAGGCCAUGAUGGACGUCGAGGCCGAUGACGACGGCGUGCUCGCCAAGAUUCUCGUGCAGUCCGGCACGAAGGACGUGGAAGUGAACAAGCCGAUUGCGCUGCUGGCCGAGGAGGGCGACGAUAUCUCCAACCUGGAACUCCCGAAAGAGAGCGAGCAGAAGGACAGUGCACCUCCGAAGGAGAGCGCACCGAAAGAGAGCAAGAGCGAGCAGGCGUCCAGCGAACCGCGGGCGCAGCCCGGCCACGUCUCGUUCGACGGCCCUGUGCUCCCGUCGGUGAUCCGCCUCGCGAACCAGUAUGGCAUCCAGAAUGCGGAGAAAGAGAUCAAGGGCACCGGCCACAACGGCAUGCUGACCAAAGGCGACGUGCUCGCCUACCUCGGCAAGGCCAAGAGUCCGUAUGGCACGGCCAAGGGCAAGCAUACCAAGCUGUCGGACCUGGGUGCGCCGCCCCACUGA